UUCAGCAGACGUCAUCAGAUUUCCGGUCCCUUCCUACAACAGAUGCAUGAAUAAUAAUAAAAUAAUAAUCAUAAAAAUAAAAAAAAUAAAAAACAGGAAAAAUAGUAACAUUGGACGCAGAGUGGCGCGUCUGAUCCGCGUGGAGCCUCUAGUUUCCUCCUCUGACGCGCUUCUGCUGCUGACUGAAAGAUUACGGGCGCCAUCUUGGAUCAAGGGAGGCUUUUAAACUGGAAAAAGUCGAAGAGCAGGAAAACAAAAAAAACAACUAUAAAACAUCGGCAAACCCGUCCGUUCGGACACUCGGUUUGAAGUCAUGACAUCUGUUUUAAAAUACUUGUUCGAAACUCGGACGGAAUAAAACAGAACCAGACACAGUGGAGCAGGGAGAUUUCUCUCGUCAGCUGGGAAAGUUGUUUUGUAUGUGUUAGCUCGUUCGCGAACACCUUUACCUGUCGGAUAUGGCAUCAGCCAAUGCAGAUAUGCCUGAGGUGCCGUCACUGGCCGCAGCAGCUGGAUCUCAUGCUAACAGUACCGCCGUUGUGCCAGAGGCCAACAGCAAACGACAAGCCACCUCGGACUAUGACGACGAUGAGGGAAGCAAAUUGUUCAGGUGUGAUGAUGAUGAUGAUGAUGGAGGCGGAUCGAAUGACAAGGAGAGAUUUGCCAGGGAGAAUCACAGCGAGAUCGAGCGCAGGCGGAGGAAUAAGAUGACCGCUUACAUCACGGAGCUGUCAGACAUGGUGCCCACCUGCAACGCUCUGGCGCGCAAACCAGACAAGCUCACCAUCCUGCGCAUGGCUGUGUCGCACAUUAAGUCUUUCGGAGGCAGCGGCAGCAGCAGCAGCACCGAUGGAGCAUAUAAACCCUCCUUUCUCACAGACCAGGAGCUGAAGCACCUAGUUCUGGAGGCGGCUGAUGGCUUUCUGUUCAUAGUGUCGUGUGAAACCGGCCGUGUGGUUUAUGUGUCGGACUCGGUCACACCGGUUCUGAACCAGGCUCAGUCGGAUUGGCUCGGAUCAUCGCUGUACGACCAGCUCCAUCCAGAGGACACAGAGAAACUCAGAGAGCAGCUCUCCACCAGCGAGAACAAUAACGCCAGCCGGAUGUUGGACAUGAAAACAGGCACGGUGAAGAAAGAGGGUGGGCAGGCCUCUGUGAGGAUGAGUAUGGGCACACGCCGCUCCUUCAUCUGCAGGAUGAGAUGUGGAGUGUGUCCCGUAGAGCCGGUGUCCAUGAACAGACUCAACUUCCUGAGAAGCAGAAACAGGAAUGGACUGGGUCCUCAAAAGGAGGGCGAGCCGCAGUAUGCGGUCGUGCACUGCACAGGCUUCAUCAAAUCCUGGCCCCCUGCAGGAGUGACUCUUUCUGAAGAGGAGGCCGAUAAUAAUCAGGGAAAUCGUUUCUGUCUAGUCGCCAUUGGAAGGCUACAGAUCACAUGUUGCCCGAGCGACACAAACAUAAAUAACAUCAGCGUUCCAGUGGAAUUUAUUUCCCGCCACAACUGUCAGGGUCUCUACACCUUUGUGGAUCACCGCUGUCAGGCGACGAUUGGCUACCAGCCUCAGGAGUUACUGGGGAAGAACGUUCUGGAGUUUGCACAUCCAGAAGACCAGGGCUUACUGCGAGACAGCCUUCAGCAGGUGGUGAAACUGCGAGGUCAGGUGCUCUCGGUGAUGUUCCGGUUCCGCUCUAAAUCCCACGAGUGGAUCUGGAUGAGAACCAGCUCGUUCACCUUCCAGAACCCUUUCUCUGAAGAGAUCGAGUACAUCAUCUGCACCAACGCCAAUGUCAAUAGAGGGCCGAAUCAGGACUCCCUGUCCCCCCUCUCUUCCCCGGGGGUUUCACUGCCCACUUCACUGGGGCAGAGCAGUCCUAACUGCCCCUCCACCCCCAGCGCAGGGCAGGUCACAGCCAGGCAGAUGCAGCAGCAGCAGGCCGAGUUAGACGAAGGGAUGGGACGAGACGCAGCGUUUGAAACCAGUCAGGUCACUCUCCCUCAGGUUCCGCUGCAGACUGUGAGUGUAGUCAGUCCUGAUCACAACUCUAAGGCCGUGUCCUCCAGCGGACAGCAGGUUUAUCCACCAGCAGUAUCUUUCCCCAGCUCUGCUCAUCUCGGCGAGCCCUUCAGGUGCCACACACUCUCACACACAUUCCAUAAUUUUGUAAUGUGUAUAACUGAUUCUUUCACUAUAAAGAAUGUGAUUUUUGUUGUCCAGCAGAUGGCAGGUCAAGUUGUGAAGAGUCAGUCAGCUCAGUUUAACAUGAGAAGUUUCAGCUCCGCCCCUACAUCCUCCACUUCCUCUUCCUUUGGCCAGAUGGGCGGGGCUUCUGCUUCAAUGGCCAGCACAUCAAAUUACCAACAAAUAAACAGUCACAACAACCCUUCAACUAAUGGAUUCGGCGAUGUUAAUCAGAUGGGAGCGCAGUUCAGCUCCAGGCCAGCAGAGGGAGUGUCAGGCUGGCAGCAGUGGCAAACUCAGCCACACACUCAAGGCUCUGCAGACACACACCAGCAGCCUCAAAACAUCCAGUCAGAGAUGUUUCAGGAUGUUAUCUCCAUGUUGGAUCAAACCGGCAGCUUCAGCAACGAUGAUUUCGCCGAGAUGCCCAUGUUUCCUCCUUUCCCCGAGUGAUCCCGCUUCACUCCCUGUUGCUCUCUCACAUGCCAUUUCUUACUCUCUUAACCAAAUCGAUGGCAGAACUGAGGCACAGAGGGAUCUAAAACGAGAGAGAGACUGAUGCAUUGUGAGAAUGGAAGUUAUAAGCCAUAAUGUGAGGAUACAGAGUAGUGCACAGACAGACCGGCAUCGUUAAAAUGUGUUCACUUUAAAAUCACGCACAAUUGCACACUUCGAGCACAAGCGGUCU